AUGAGUGCUACUGAUAUUGAAAAAGUGUACUGUGCUGGUCUUCAAUGUGGUAAGGAGACCCAGUCACAACUAAAAUGUCCUAUCUGUUUGAAGAAUGGAAUUGUAUCUGUAUUUUGUGACGAAACCUGUUACAAGAACAACUACAAGGCUCACAAGGCUCUACAUUUCAAAGAAGGUGAUGAGACUGGUGAAGUAGCUUACAAUCCAUUUCCAAAGUUCAAGUUCAGUGGUGAUUUGAGACCAAAUUAUCCUUUAACUCCAAAGAGAUACGUCCCAGAAAGUAUUGAAAAACCAGACUGGUCCCAAGACGGUCUUCCAGUUGAUGAACAAAAGAAUGACAGAACCAAUGAAAUCCCUGUCUACACCAAGGAAGAGAUCAAGAAGAUUAGAAAAGCAUGUCUACUAGGUAGAGAGAUUCUAGAUAUCGCUGCUGCUGCAGUCGCACCAGGUAUCACCACCGAUGAACUAGACAAGAUAGUUCAUGAUGAAACUAUCAAGCGUGAUUGUUACCCAUCCCCAUUGAAUUACUAUAACUUUCCUAAAUCUGUUUGUACUUCAGUCAAUGAAGUAAUUUGUCAUGGUAUCCCAGAUAAGACUAUACUAAAGGAAGGUGAUAUUGUAAAUCUAGAUGUAUCUUUAUAUUAUCAAGGUUUCCAUGCCGAUUUGAACGAGACUUACUACGUUGUUGGUGAUGAUGAGUCCAAAUUGUCUAAAGAAGCAAUCAACACCGUUGAGACAGCUAGAGAAUGUCUGAAGAUUGCCAUCAAGCAAUGCAAACCUGGUACAACAUUCCAAGAACUAGGUGAUUUCAUCGAGAAACAUGCAACUGAAAAUAAAUGUUCCGUGGUUAAGACUUAUUGUGGUCAUGGUGUUGGUAAGUACUUCCAUUGUGCACCAAGCGUGCCCCAUUACAAGGGUAACAGAGCUGCUGGUGUUAUGAAACCAGGUAUGGUCUUCACCAUUGAACCUAUGAUUAACGAAGGUACCUGGAGAGAUGUUACUUGGCCAGAUGACUGGACUUCUACUACUCAAGAUGGUAAGAGAUCUGCCCAAUUCGAACAUACAUUGAUGGUCACGGAACAUGGUGUUGAGAUCCUAUCUGCUAGAAACAAGAAGUCUCCAGGUGGUCCAAGACAAAGAAUCAAAUAA